AUGCAUUCACCAUCGAUUUGGGCCGGGUUUCUGGGCUGCGUGGGGCUGGCGAGUGGGUGUCUCCUGCCUGAGGAGCGCGAGGGUCUGCCUCGCGUCGUUCCCAGGGCGGCUCUUGACAACGGGACCCCAAUUGGCACUGGAGACCGCUUCAGCGGUGGAAGCAUUGCCCCCCAAGGCCUGGGGACGCGGGCUUCCAGCACCAGCUUCUCCACGAUCUUGAGCACCACCGAGAUCAAGAGCGGCUUCGACGGUCUGGCCAACGAAUAUGGUCUUGAGACUUUCACCACUCCCUAUAAGACCUACGGGGGAGCUACGAUCUUCGGCGGAAAGGUUGGCGGAACUGGUACCUGCAACAAGGCUUACCGAGUCUACUUCAACGGUGGCAUCCACGCGCGAGAGCGUGGCUCCUCAGACGGAGUGCUCUACUUCAUUUCCGAUCUCCUCUACGCCAAUGCGACUGGGGCCGGCUUGACUUACGGUUCCAAGAGCUAUACAAACGCUCAAGUGAAGACCGCCCUGGCCGCGGGUAUUGUCUUUGUACCUUUGAGCAACCCGGACGGCGUGGCAUACGACCAGUCAUCGAACAGUUGCUGGCGCAAGAACCGCAACCCAGCUUCGUCGACAGGUAGCGCGUCGUCAAUUGGAGUGGACUUGAACAGGAACUUCGAUUUCCUGUGGGAUUUCACGAAGAAGUUUGCGUCCAGUGCCCAGUCAAGCGUGGCCUCCACCAGUCCUUCCUCCGAGACGUACCAUGGGACGAAGGCUUUCUCUGAACCCGAGACACACUGGGGAAGCGACACGAACCAGAACAAGUACAGUUAUAUCAAUUUCCUCAACACCACAUACGACGGAUAUAACACGCGGGGAGUUUUGACCGAUACCCCAGGUUCCGGUAAAGCGUACGGAGAGUACACCCCCUCAGCCGAGCAGACCGCCAAUGUCCAGGCUUCAGACCGGAUGGCUGCGGCCAUGAGUGCAUCUAAAGGCCGAUCAUACACCUCCAUGCAGGCAGCCGCCCUGUAUCCUACCUCAGGUGCGAGUGACGACUACUCGUACUCUCGACACUUUGCCGACCCAAGCCUCAACCUCGUCCAUGGCUACACCGUUGAGUUUGGUUUCGGUAACUCGGCUGCCUCCUGCCCGUUCUACCCCACUGUUGCUCAGUACAACACCAACCUUCGGGAAGUUGGAGCUGGUUUCAUGGAGUUCAUCCUCGCGGCAACGGAUCUUGGCCUGGGAGGCGGUUGUUAA